AACAGAGACACACAGACACAUUCGACGCGGGGACGGACGCCCGAGCGCACGCGCGAAUCGCCGUGGACCUCGCCGGGGGCGGCGACGAGCUUGGAUCCCGGUGAUCUAGUCGCCGGAGGCGGCCCCCAUGGCCCGCCGGUCGUCUUCCUCGUCGUCGGGGGCGUGGCGGUACCUGAACCCCGCCUACUACCUCAAGCGGCCCAAGCGCCUCGCGCUCCUCUUCUUCGUCUUCGUCGCGGCCACCUUCGCCUUCUGGGACCGCCAGUCGCUCGUCAGCGAGUAUGAGGCUGAGAUUUCUCGAUUAGAAGAUGAUAUAAAUCGGUUGCAUGACCAGCUAAGAAAGGCUGGAGUUCAUCUGGACGAAAACCCAAUCAGUAACAAAAAUUCCAGAAAGGAUCUCGUAGAAAUUGAUCCUGUCAAUAAUGAAAGGAGGGAAAAAGUUAAAGAGGCAAUGCUCCAUGCUUGGAAUUCCUACGUAAAGUAUGCCUGGGGAAUGGACGAGCUUCAGCCACAAUCAAAGAAUGGUAUCAAUAGCUUUGGUGGUCUCGGAGCAACCCUUGUCGAUUCACUUGAUACACUGUAUAUAAUGGGCCUGAAAGAUGAAUUUCAGAAAGCUAGAGACUGGGUGGCGGAGUCAUUAGACUUUGACAAGGAUUAUGAUGCAAGUGUUUUUGAAACGACCAUAAGGGUUGUUGGAGGUCUCCUUAGUGCAUACGAUCUGUCUGGUGAUAAAGUAUUUCUCGAUAAGGCUAAAGAUAUUACAGAUCGACUGUUACCUGCUUGGGAUACAACAUCCGGCAUCCCCUAUAAUAGAAUAAACCUAGCUCAUGGACGAGCUCAUAAUCCUGGAUGGACCAACGGUGAUAGUAUCCUUGCAGACUCUGGUACUGAGCAACUUGAAUUUAUAGCUCUGUCACAGAGGACCGGAGAUCCCAAGUACCAGCAAAAGGCAGAGAAUGUCGUCAGACAGCUUCAAAAGAUAUAUCCUAGUGAUGGUUUGCUUCCUAUUUACAUAAAUCCGCAUUCUGGGACUGCUUCAUACUCAACUAUCACAUUUGGUGCUAUGGGAGAUAGCUUCUACGAAUACUUGCUCAAGGUCUGGAUCCAGGGAAAUAAAACUGAGCAUGUAAAACAUUACAGACAAAUGUGGGAGACAUCAAUGGAAGGUCUAGUAAGUUUAACCAAGAAAACUACACCAUCUAAUUACUACUACAUUUGUGAAAAGAAUGGUGGCUCAUUAUCUGACAAGAUGGAUGAACUCGCUUGCUUUGCUCCUGGUAUGCUGGCAUUAGGAGCCUCUGGUUAUGAAAGUCCAGAAAAAUCUGAGGAAAUUAUGAACCUUGCAAAAGAGCUUGCUAGGACCUGCUAUAAUUUCUACCAAACCACUCCCACGAAGUUGGCUGGAGAGAACUAUUUUUUCCAUUCUGGACAGGAUAUGAGUGUGGGCACAUCAUGGAACAUCCUGAGACCAGAGACUGUUGAAUCACUUAUGUACCUAUGGCGCUUAACGGGGAAUAAAACAUACCAAGAUUGGGGGUGGAACAUUUUCCAGGCAUUUGAAAAGAACUCCCGCAUAGAAUCUGGUUAUGUGGGACUGAGAGAUGUGAACACUGGUGAAAAGGACAACAUGAUGCAGAGCUUCUUCCUGGCAGAGACCCUCAAGUACCUCUACCUGCUUUUCUCCCCACCAUCGGUCAUAUCCUUCGACGAGUGGGUUUUCAAUACUGAAGCGCACCCGUUGAGAAUUGUUCCGAUACAUGAUAACAAAGGCAUUGGAACACCGGUGCGGCCAUUUGGAAGGAAACAGGGAAAACCUGAGUAAGUUUGGAUAUAGAGCAGUGGAUUUUUUUAAUCCGCCGUCUGAUUUUGACCUGCAUGGUGAAGAUGUUCUGACACGAGGGGAUUUUCUGCCUGAAGCAGUAAGGGUUAUAAAUCACGGCGAUAGGCUGUUUAGAGCAAAAAUUAUAGGUAGAGCAUGAUGCUAUAUGCGGGGCAAUGACCUCCGGGGUAUGCUAGGAGGUCCCUAGCCACAUAGAAGCUUUCAUCUUUGGACUUGUUUAUGCGCACCGAGCCGCGUUGUUUAUGUGUAACAUACAUCUAACUCAUUGUCCAUAUGUUGUUGGCUGCCUAGGGCUGCUGUGGGCUGUAUUUUUCAUUAUUUUCCCUGAGUUACCUUUUUCAGAUAUGAUUUAUAAAAUGUUGUAUGUAAUUUUCCUUCAGAGC